ACCAAAACACGAUUCGGGAUGGCGAACCUGGACAUGCUGCUGCUCAAAGGAGCGUCUUCGGAAACCCCUGAAGCCAACCUCAAUGAGCUGCGCUAUGCUAUUCUCGCAAAAGGCAUACCUGCGAACAGUGAAGGCAUGUCCGAGCUGCGCAUCUACAUCUGGCUUAUAUUGUUAAACGCGCCCCCGCUCCGCACCGAUGUUUAUCUCGACCUCGUUCGACAAGGCGCGUCUCCCGCCCACGCCAAAAUCCAGAAUGACACCUUCCGAACCUUUCAAGGCGACCCGCUCUUCCGCCGACGCGUUACACAGAACAGCAUAACACGCGUUUUGAAUGCUGUUGCAUGGAGGCUCAACGACGCGCACGAGGCACGUGUCAAUGGUUGGCAGUCCCCACCCACCCUGUCCGAGUUUGGCGGCAGUCCCGAUACCUCGAUCAUGUCUCGCCAUUCUUUUACUGCAGGCGCUAGGACCGAAGCAUCUACGACAAACGAUGCCGAGCAGAUUGGCUACGUGCAGGGCAUGAAUGUGCUCUGCGGACCAUUUCUCUAUGCUUCCCGAAGCGAGGUUGAAGCAUUUACUGGUUUUGAGAGGCUCAUCACUCAAGAAUGCCCAGGAUACGUGAGGGGAUCUAUGGAGGGUGUGCACAAGGGCCUCGCACUUGUCGACCGCGUCCUGGAGGUGGUGGAUUCGAAGCUGUACGGACAUCUCAUGGAACACCAUAUGGAAGCUAGGAUCUAUGCUUUUGCAUCCGUACUCACCAUGUGCGCUUGCACACCGCCUCUGCCCGAGGUCUUGCAGCUUUGGGAUUUUCUCUUCGCAUAUGGCCCGCAUUUGAACAUUUUGUGCAUCGUAGCACAGCUGGUUUUGCUUCGAACGGACAUCCUGAAUAGCUCUAGUCCCAAUUCAAUUCUUCGAAAUCUCCCUGCUCUCAACGCCAAGAACAUCAUCGGUGUUGCUAUGAGCUUCGCUGGCAAGAUACCAGAGGACAUGUAUGCCGAGAUUAUCGACCACGCCAAGUGAGUGAACCAUGUAUUGAGGUUGGCGUGUGGCGGGAUGGUACGGUACUAAUGUGUUACGAUAACGACGACGAUUAAUGAUACCCUUAGAGCAUGAAUGUGGACUUUGGAGCACUUACAGCAUGUGAUAGAGCUAGUAGUCACUUUAAUUGUAGCAAUCUUUUAC